GGACCCAGUUUGAGCAGCCAACGUGUACAUAAAGUAGUUGAAACCGAAGACUAGAAAGAACAAAUAAACACCCUUAAAUAUAUAUUUUUUUUAAUCCAAUAACAAACACAAAAAAACAAAAAAAAAAAAGAGUAAAUAAUAAUCACAUUACAAUUAGAUACUAUGAAAAAAUUAAAUAUAAUUUUAUUAAAUUUUAAUUUGAAAUAUUAUAAAUUAUAUUCUUGAUGUCAUACAAAAUACGUCCGGUUAAUCGAUAAUAACCUUAACAACUUUGUGUGUGGAACAGUGAAUAAAUAUGAUAAUAUAAAUUGUUAUAUUUAUAAAAAAAUUAGAUUUCAAUUGAUACACUUAUUUUAUUAUUUAUUGUAAAUUUUUUAUUAAUUUUGAGGUUUACAAUCAGCUGGUUAUUCAUACAUAAUGAAAUGUAUAACAGAAAAUCAAAAAUUACAGACUCAUCAGGAAAAAAAUUAAGUGUUGAUGAAAAAAUAAAAAACAUGACAGUACAAAAUAGAAAUGAUGUUAGAAAGAAAAAAAAAUUUCCUGAACAAAGUCCAGUUAAAAAAAAAACAUUACAAAAUUGUAUUGAAAAUGAAAUAUCAAGUUGUAAUGGUGAUGGUAGAGCAACAUCUUCAUCAUCAUCAUCAUCAUCAUGGCCUGAGGAUAUUGAAGAAGCAGCAACUCGAAAAGUUUUUGAUCUUUGGUAUAUCGUUGAAAGAACUUUGUAUAAUGAGGAUGACCAAGUGCCCUUGGGUAAUAUCAUGGAUGAAUGUAUUCAAUGGAGAACACAAAUUCCACAUUUACGUCUUGUUGGUAAAUCUAUGAAACUUGAAAUUGCUGAUGAAGACAGUGAUUAUAAAACAAGUGGUGAAAUAAAAAAUUCAACUGAAAAAUUUAAAACUGUAAAAAAUCAAGAAAAUGAAUUAAAGCAAGAUAAAAAAAAACCAAUUACACUAUCGCCAUAUCAAUUGAAAGUGCGUGAUGAAGUUAUUGACCUUAUUGUGGAUUACAUAUCUGAUGAAUUAAAAAAACAAUCUGAUAAUAAUUCAAGUGUUGAAAAUUUGGAUAAAGUAUUGAGGAUAACACCAGCUCCAACUUGUGCUAAAAAUAAUAACAGUAAUAAUAAAAAUAAAAAUAAAUUAAAUAAUAAUAAUACAAGUAGUAGAAUGAGUAGUGCCAAUAGAAUAAAAACGUUUGAAUUGACUGAACGUAGUGCUUUAAAUAAAUUAUCUAAAAAUGCCAAAAACGCAAUUAACAAUUAUGAUGAUAAUGCUGAUGAUGAUGAUGAAUCAGAUAGUGUUGAAAUACAGAUUGGUAGAAAUAAACUUGGUACUGUAUUUAAUAAAAAAACUGUUGUCAGUCCAGUACCAUUUGCUGUAACGACACGUGAAAGUUUUUGCACAUUAAAAACAACACCAAUUAAAUAUGCUGGACAUCUAUUAGAGCUUUCAACACCCCACGGAACAAAUAGACAUGUAAAUUCAAUGUCAAAAUUAAAUUCUGGUAGUCGAGUAUCACUACUUAGAAAUACAGAUAAAUACUACUCAUGGCAAACACCAGUACGAUCAGCUGUUUAUCCAAAAAAUAUACGUCUUGCUCCAAUUGAUCCUGCCAGAUUGUCUAGCAAUAAAAAUCGGUCAUCGAUUAUUUCAACUGCCAUUCCUUCUCGACAGAGAAAUUCACUGAGUCCAAUAUCGCGUAAAAUAAAAACAACAACAUCAGCUGACAGCAAUAAUAAUGAUAGUUUAAAAAUUGAAGGUAAAAAAAUAACAAGACAAUUGAUUAAAUCAAAUCAAUUGAAAAAUGGAUGGGAACAUAAUCCAAUAACACAUAAAAAUAUUAGAAAAAAUAGUAAAAUUAAUAAUGACAGGUAGCUAUUAUUUUUUAUGGCAAUAAAAAUUAUAUAUUUUUCAUUAUUUUCUAUUUUAUUUUUUGUAAAUUUUUUAUUAAAUUAAUUUCCAUUAAUUGUUAAUGAUAAUUGUCUGUGAUUAUUUUCACUAACGAUUAUUUAAUUGUUUUUAUUACAUGUAGCACUGAACUGUUCAUGCAAUAAAAAAAAAAAAAAAAAUUUAUAUAUAGAUAAAAUACGAUGUUGUGUUGCACUCGACAAUCGUUAUUAAUUAUUAUUACGCUUCAUAAAAUACGUUCGAUAUACUUGGGUCCAGAAAAACUCAAUGAAAAUAGCAACUCAUUUUUUUUUUAAUCAGAGUUAAAUGUAGUAAUUUGAACAUCACUGAAUUGUCUACCUCACUUUUUUUUAUUUAUAAAAAAAAAAAUUAAUUACUAAAUGUAUAAAUUAUAAUUAAAAAAUAAAAAUUAAUUCAGAGUGUUUGCGUAUUUUGCU